UCACGUGGUUUCUCGGGCGGAGCUGUUACCGUGGAGAUUUGGGUUGACUGAUGCACAGAGCGGAUAAGCGAGAGGACUCGCCUGGACCGAGACUGCGUUUCUGAUUGAAAAUUAACCAAAUAAACACACAACAAACAUCAGGCUCGGCGAGCGUCGGGUCGCUGUGAGCUCUGCUGUGCGGCGGCAGAAUGCAGUUCGCUUUUCCUGUCAGCAAGAACAGGAUCAUAUCCACCUUUCCCAAGUGUUAUAAUCCACAAGCGUGUUUGCAGAUGAAGGAAGACUGGAACGUUAAAGCCAAGCUAGCUUUUAAAGACCGAGCCACCUGGCAGCAGAGAUUGAAGAUGUCGAAAGCCGUCGUUGUUGGAGACCUGAACGUAGGGAAGACCUGCUUAAUCAACAGGUUCUGUAAAGAUGCUUUUGAUCGCGACUACAAGGCCACCAUCGGGGUCGACUUCGAAAUCGAGAGAUUUGAGCUGUCGGGGCUUCCGUUCUCCCUUCAGAUCUGGGACACUGCAGGCCAGGAGAAGUUUAAAUGCAUUGCUUCAGCGUAUUACCGAGGAGCUCAGGUGAUCGUCACGGUAUUCGACAUGACGGACAUUCUAACACUGGAGCACACCAAGCAGUGGCUGAUGGAGGCUCUGAACGAAAACGAACCAAACUCCUGCUUCAUUUUCUUGGUCGGAACCAAAAGAGAUCUGCUGUCUCCAGAGGAAUGCCAGAGGACGGAGAGAGACGCAGUAAAGAUGGCGGCGGAGAUGAACGCGGAGUUCUGGUCCGUCUCGUCCAAAACAGGAGAAAACGUGCAGCAGUUCUUCUUCCGUGUGGCCGCUCUGGCUUUCGAAGACUCCGUCCUGAAGGACACGGAGCUCGGGUACAGCACGGCGCGGAUCGGAGACGGAGACGUUCUCAAAGUGGAUAAAACUCAGGCAUCUGCUGAGGUGAAGGCGGGGAGGAAGAACUGCUGCUGAUCUGUCGGAGACGCCCUGCACUAGAUCACGCCGAAGACCUCAGACGCAGUGGCUCGAGAAUUUAAGAGGGAAAAAAUCAGAAACUCACAGUCGUGCAUUCAGUAUCAUGCAGUCGAGUGUUUCGUCCCAGGACUUUUACUGCUCGAGCUUCAUCAUGGUGUUUAUACUCUCAGUAUUGUGCUAGCGUAACCACUGCCGUUAUAGAAAUAAAAUAAACAUCAAAUACACAAUAUUUGAGCAGAGGGGAGUAAACCUGCCUGCCUCUUUAACAGAACAGAAAUGUUAUUCAGUAUUUAAUCAGCAUCGAUGGCUGUAACCGAGCAGCUGUUAUUAACACAUUAUUAACACGGAUUUGCAUUAUUUUAUGAUUUUACCAAUACUUUUUUUUUACAACAUUAAAUGAAGUGCCGUUUCUCAUGCA